AUGUCGCGGCUCGUAAAGCAGUAUGCCUCGUGCAAAACGGCUUUCAUGUGCUGUGAUAUUCAAGAGAAACUGUCGACGCGGGUGGCGAACUUCGCCAACUGCGUCUUUGUCUCGAACCGCUUCGCCACGCUGCAUACCGCCCUUGGCGAGGCGCACAGUAUCUUCAUCGUGACGGAGCAGUACCCACAAGGUGUCGGGCCCACCGCGGAGGGCAUUCGUGUGCCGCACGACGCGCACGUGUUCGCCAAGACGCAGUGCUCAAUGCUUCUGCCGGAGGUGCUACGGCUGGUGGACGUGCCGGAGGUGGAGCAAGUGGUGCUGUGGGGCAAUGAGACGCACGUGUGCGUGCUCCAGACCGCUGCGGCGCUGCUGGAUCUGCGCAAGAAAGUGGUGGUCGUGCUGGACGGCUGUGGCAGCCAGUGGAGCGUCGACCAUGAUGCGGCGGUGCAGGUGCUGCGGUCGUGGUCGAACGACGGCUGCUACGUGUCGACCUCAGAGUCGGUGCUUAUGCAGCUGUUAAAGGACGCGGCAGACCCGAUGUUCAAGGCGGCUGGGGCGGUCAUGAAGGAGAAGCCACCGCUGCGUUGA